AGGAAUCCAAUGCUCUGAUUGGUGGCUGGCCCGCCAGUCCGUCUGUCAGGAGAGCUGAUUGAUCAGUGCACCGCUAAUCCCGCCCUUUCCCCCCUCGGAACGAGAACUCGCCCGCCCGCCUCUUCCGCCCUUCCGGCGCUCGUUCUGAUCGGCUCCUGUUCAUCGGUGAGGGAGGUUCUGAUUGGUCCCCGCGACACGGAAGUGUUUUCCCGGGAAAAUUCAGCGUGCGGCCAGGCCAUGGGCAGACUCCGAGCAGCAGCUGCUGGCAUUGGGCGCAGGCCGCAGCCGGGCACGGGGCCAGCGAAGCAAUCGUCCGGCAGGUGCAGGGAGAUGGCGGUGCCCCAGAGAGGAGCGAGCUGUCCAGCGCCUGUCCAGCCGUCUGCCUUCCAUCUUUUUGUCGACGCAGCUGAGAUCGAGGCCUUUCGGACGUCCUUGCUCGCCUGGUACGACAGAUGCAAGCGGGACCUUCCCUGGAGGAGACUGGCCGUGAGUGAGCCGGACGUGGACAAAAGAGCAUAUUCAGUGUGGGUGUCAGAGGUCAUGCUGCAGCAGACGCAAGUGGCCACAGUGAUGGACUACUACACCCGCUGGAUGCAGAAAUGGCCGACGCUGCAGGCGCUCGCCGACGCAUCGCUGGAGGAAGUGAACGCGCUGUGGGCCGGCCUCGGCUACUACUCGCGGGGGAAGCGGCUGCAGGAAGGAGCUCGCAAGGUGGUUUCCGAGCUGGCAGGUCGGAUGCCCCGGACGGCUGAGGAGCUGCAGAAGCUGCUGCCGGGAGUGGGGAGAUACACAGCAGGCGCCAUCGCCUCCAUCUCCUAUGGGCAGGCCACGGGCGUGGUGGACGGGAACGUGACGCGGGUCCUGUGCCGCCUACGAUGCCUCGGCGCCGACGCCAGCAGCCCGCCUGUCACCGAGCACCUCUGGGGCCUGGCCCACGCGCUGGUGGAUCGGGCCCGGCCCGGCGACUUCAACCAGGCGCUGAUGGAGCUGGGGGCGACCGUGUGCUCUCCCAAGUCCCCGCUGUGCACGGAGUGCCCCGUGCGGCCGCACUGCUGGGCACAGCGCAGGGUGGAGAAGGAGCUGGAAGUUGCCUCCAGGAGACUGCUGGGAAAAGCCCCCUCCAGCUGCCCCCCGGGGCCUGACAUCGAGGAGUGUGCCGCCGGCGCCUUGGGGAGCUGCCCCUUGUGCCCCCCUGCCUCGGAGCCAUGGGACGGCAGCCUCGGCGUGGCCAACUUCCCCAGGAAAGCCGCCAAGAAGCAGCCCCGGGCGGAGCGGACGGCCACGUGCGUGCUGGAGAGGAGCGGCCGCUGCGGGGAGCCGGAGUUCCUGCUUGUGCAGAGACCCGGCUCAGGCUUGCUGGCGGGGCUCUGGGAGUUCCCCAGCCUGCUCGUGGCCCCGGGGCUGAAGGAGAAGCAGCAGAGGGAGGCGCUGGCAGGGCACGUCCAGGCCCAGACGGGCACGGCCAUUGCAGCAGGGCGCCUGUGGCACGUCGGGGAGGUCGUCCACGUCUUCUCCCACAUCCACCAGACGUACGUGGUGUACUCCCUGCUCCUCGACGGCCCCGGGGCCGUGGCACCGGUGAAGCGGGAGGAGGAGCCGGAGCUGCCGGCGUCCCGGUGGGUGACAAAGGCUGAUUUCCAGGCAGCCGCUGUCUCCACGGCCAUGAAGAAGGUGCUGAAGGCGUGUGAGAGGCAGAGCCACGAGGAGAAGCGACCCCGCAUGGUCUCCAAGCGGAAGCGGGGUGCCGCCCUCGAGGAUGCCCCCCGCCCGCCUGGCCAGGUGAAGGCGGAGACGGCUGCAGAUGGCAGCCUGGCCAGGGGACAGCUCUCCCUCCACACCUUCCUCAAAGCAAAGUGACUGCGGUCUCCAGCUGGAUCGGUUGGGAUUGGAGCCCACCGGGAUGGGAAAACGAUGCUGCGUGGAACCAGCUGCAUCUGCACCUGCUGCCCGUCUGCUCGUCCCGGCCGCCAGAGCCCCCUGCGAGAGCCCUGCUGGCGGUGCAGAGUCCCGGCUCUCUGGAAGGCUGUAUCAGGUGCUGUUCGGAGCACCAGGCGCCGGUUCCUUUUAUCUCUGCUUUUACCAAUGUUUUCCUAAUAAAUCCUCUUUUUUUUAACUAAGA